AUGGCUGUAUCAGUCGUUGCCAAUGCAUUUCGAUGGAUUGAUAUACUAGAAAAAGAAUUUGAUAAGACGUUUGUGGACUUGGAUUUACUUUUAGGCGAAAUAGAUUCAGAUCAAUCUGAGAUUACAGAUGAAGGACGAGCAAAAUUGACAAUGUUAAGUUCAUCUUGGGCACAAUUAGUACAUAAAACGCAGACAUUAUCACAAACAAAUGCUAAAAUGGAGGCUCAAUUGAUCGAUACGAAAACUGAACUACUUGAUAUGAAAGCAGAAAAUGUCGCCUUACAACAACAGAUUAAAGAUAUCAUGGCUCAGUUACAUGCAUCACAAUUAGAAUGUCAAACGUUGAAAAACCAAGAAAUAGAUGGAGCUGAUAUCAUAAGAAAACGAUUGGAAGGUCAAAUAAAUCGUCAACGAGACGAAUUCAAACGCGAUGUUGUAUGGGAAAUAAAAGCAACUGAUUUAGAAAAGGAAAAUGUGAAAUUAAAAACUAAUAUUAUUAACUUACAAAGUGAAGUUUAUGGAUCACGAUUAGCUGCAAAAUAUCUCGAUAAAGAAUUGGCAGGAAGAAUACAACAGAUACAAUUACUUGGUCGCGAUCUGAGAGGACCAGAUCAUGAAAAACUGUGGAAUCAGUUAGAAGCCGAAAUUCAUUUACAUCGACAUAAAACAGUAAUACGUGCUUGCAGAGGUAGACAAGUGGCAAACAAAGUUUUGUCUGCGCCUCCUGGACAUGAUUUUAAUACCUUGAAAAAACGUCAGGGAGUUGGUGAAUUACGCACAGUGAAUUUAACAAAAGAGGCAACCGAAGCUCUUGGAAUUUCUGUUACUGGUGGUAAAGAGCAUGGUUUACCUAUUUUAAUUUCAGAAAUUCAUCAGGGAGGAGCAGUUGAUCGAUGCGGUCAAUUGUAUGUGGGUGAUUCCAUAUUAGCUGUGAAUGGAGUUGACUUAAGAGAAACGAAACAUACGGAAGCUGUUCGAGUUUUAUCAAGUGUGAAAGGUAAUAUAACAAUGAACGUCGUUUUUGUUGCACCCGAUAACGAUAGUGAUUCUGAAGAUUUAACCAACUUAACCGAAAAUAGUUUAAAAUAUAAAUUUAUUUCAAAUGAAACCGAUUAUCAGGCAGAAAUACCUCAUCGAAAUCGUAAACAGCAAUCGGUGUCAAGUGAGAAAAAUAGCAGUCAAGAUAUAUUCUCAAAUCAAACAAUAAAAAACAUUGUUAAUGGUAGUAGUAACAGUCCAAAAACGAAAGCAGCAUUAGAACAACCAAUAGAAGAUGGUGAUAGUGAACUAAACGCAAAUGAUGGAGCAUCUGUGAUUGAUCGAUAUCUCAAAUCAACUAAACAAUAUUUACCAUUAAAACGAACAGAUUCAACGUGA